GAGCAAGAGGCAAACCGUGCGACCACCAGUUAGGUAUUAAUCUCCCGCGCGUCGCGGAAAGUGGUGUUUGUGACCCAGCGGAAGUGAUUCUUCUAUCUGCCCCGGAACCCGCUGCGGCAGGCUUCUGGGGUGGGGGGGCGGCCCUGGAGUAGGGGCUGUGGCGGUGCACGGGGACCCGGUGCGGUGACGGCAGUGUCUGCGGAGCUGACGAGAAACCAUUUAGUCCCUGUGGAAGUGGAGUAGGAUUUCUCCAAUAUAUAAUGGAUGGAGAAGAGAAGACCUAUGGUGGCUGUGAAGGCCCCGACGCCAUGUAUGUCAAACUGAUAUCGUCGGAUGGCCAUGAAUUUAUCGUGAAAAGAGAACAUGCGUUAACAUCGGGAACGAUAAAAGCCAUGUUAAGUGGCCCGGGUCAGUUUGCUGAAAAUGAAACCAAUGAAGUCAAUUUUAGAGAGAUCCCUUCACAUGUGCUAUCAAAAGUAUGCAUGUAUUUUACCUACAAGGUUCGCUACACUAACAGUUCUACCGAGAUUCCUGAAUUCCCAAUUGCACCGGAAAUUGCACUGGAACUGCUGAUGGCUGCGAACUUCCUAGAUUGUUAAAUAAAAUAAAUUAUAAUGAUAAACUGUUAACUUUUUUCAGUAUUUAAUACCUAUAGUUCAGUUAGUAUUUUUUUCAUAUAUAGCAUGUUUCCUGUGUGUAAUUGAACUUUAAUGUUCAUUGCAAAACAGAUUAUCUUCUGUUUUAUUGCAUAGCAAUCAGAAUUGAAAUUUGUUUGCUACAUCAACAAAUUAAGAACAUUUUCACAAAUUGAGAAAUAAACAAAUAUGCCAAUUUGUAGGUGGUUUCGCCUUAUCCUUUAGAUUGACUUUUUAAAUUAGAGCAGUGGUGAUAAAGAGUAAAUGCUGAAAUCUAUGCUAAGCAAACACACCUUACAAAUAAAGAAUGGGGCAAUGUAUUUUUCUGUUUUUAGAGGGAUGAUUUUUUUUUACCUAUUCUGAUCUUAUAGUUGCCAUUAACAUUAUGCAAAUAACUGGAUUACAAAAGUGUUCAUAAUUUAGCCAGAACAUUGAUUUUUCUUAAUGACUGUUGAAGACAAAAAUUGAAGUUUCUUAUGUGUUUUUGAUAAACUGAAGUAUUGUCAAGUUGUCCCUUGUUUUUGUUUAUUGCUACAAGUUAAGAACUUUAAGAAUAGUUAUGGAAGAUUACCAAGGUCAACUUUUAGGGCUAAAACCUUUUUGAACUGUAUCCAGAUGGUCAAAUAACUUUGGUUUCAUGUGCAUUUUGGACAGUCCAAAGUGUACAUUCUUUCAUCUACUAUAGAGAUUCUUUUGCAAAAAUUGUUUGUUACACAGUCCCUCGUGAGUAUAUUUAUUGUCUAAAGAGUCUCACUGUAGUCUUUACCUAGAUCUUUAAAAUUAGAUUUAUGAUUGAUCCUAGUGCUCCUCCUUCUAAUUGAAGCAUUUGUGGAGAGGAUUGGGAGGCAUGCAGUGCAAUUCUUACAGUGCAUUUUGAUAUAAAUUAUCUUCUGUUAAUUAAAGUGUAUCCCAGUAAGUUAUAAUAUGUGGGAUUUCUACUGAAUUCAUUUUAUAAGAUCAUUCAGCUCUUAUACUAAAUAGGCACACACAUAAAAAGAGACAGAGCAUCCCUGCUUGCAAAUGGGAAAAGCACUGGAGUAGGUUUUUUUUGUUUGUUUGUUUUACUGUAUUCCUUUUAGCAGUAAAGCAGUGCUGUCACUGUAGGGUCUAUAAAAUCUGAAUCUCAGUUCUUCCAGACUGGUCUAAUAUGGACCAGUUUUUUCUGAAACUGAAACCAUAAACAACCAAAAUCUAUAAAUGUAAUUUUUUUCCCCUUAAAAGAACUUACAUUGUAUUUUCUGGCUUAUUGAAAGCAAUCAAAUAUAAAUGUUAAUUGCAUAUAUUUUAGUAACUUCUUAAGACAUAAUGAUACAUAUUUUAGUAGAGAUGAUUGUCAAGUUCAGGAACUAUAUUCUGGUACCUGGUGACAAGUAAUGAUUAUAGACACAAAUGGUGAUCUUAAGUUUAAGGAUCUAAGUGCUAGCUAAAAAUAGUUAAAUAUUGACCAAUUUUAGUGGGUUACUUUAUAUGUUAUAUUCAGAAGUAACCUUAAGUUUAAAACAUUGAAAUAGAACUGAAAUAAAGAUUAGGUAAACCUGUGUAUCUUACAAAUGGUACUUGCAUGUUAAUAAAGGCUCUAUUGACUGAAA